AAUGACUUGGGUGUAACGCGUCCGAAGUCUAACACUAUGAGCUAUUAGUUUCCGUCGUCGAACGGUUCAAACUUCACACCAUAACUAUUCCUUAUUGCUAAUUAUUGCUUUCGUUGUUAGCUGAAGGUCCAUCGAAUGCUUAUUAGGCCAUAACCAUCCACUUUAUUCCGUCUUUUUCAUAAUAAUCCUUCCCAUUCACCAAACACAACGUACCUACAAACUAAACUAAAACCUACAAAUAUCUCAAAGGUAUUGUCGCGGUAUUAAAAUCUAUUUAUAUCUUCCAAUAGUAAAUUUUUGUGUAAUAAUGGGCUCAGAAGCUGUGAAAGUUGUUGUCAGAGCACGACCACUAAACGAACGUGAACGUUUGCUCAAAUGUGAUAAUAUUCUUGAGGUAUUCAGCGAUACUGGCCAGUGUUCAAUUAUAAGCCCAAACGACAAGAAACGCCCACCAAAAAUAUUUUUCUUUGAUGGAUCAUAUGACCAGAAUUCAACUACCGAACAAAUAUACAAUGAUGUGUGUUACCCUCUAGUAGAAGGAGUUACUGAGGGCUACAAUGGCACAAUAUUUGCUUAUGGACAAACCGGUUGUGGAAAAUCCUACACUAUGCAGGGAGUAUAUGAGCCACCAUUCCAAAAAGGAGUAAUUCCCCGUGCAUUUGAUCAAAUAUUUGAGACUAUGUCUGUAAGUGAAAAGACAAAAUAUUUGGUCCACGCAUCAUUUCUGGAAAUAUACAACGAAGAAGUUCGUGACCUCUUGGGACAUGACUACAGAGCUAAAUUAGAGCUAAAGGAGAAUCCAGAUAAAGGAGUUUACGUUGCUGGCUUGUCAAUGCAUAAAAUAACUUCAGUUGCAGAAUGUCAGAAUAUAAUGGAACGUGGAUGGAAAAAUCGUUCAACUGGAGCAACAUUAAUGAACGCUGACAGUAGUCGAUCACAUUCUAUUUUCACGAUCUACUUAGAAAUGAUUGAUGGAAGUGACAAUCUGCUUGAUUACAACCAUAUAAGGGCCGGUAAAUUAAAUCUAGUUGAUUUGGCGGGCUCUGAAAGACAAACAAAAACUGGUGCAACUGGUGAUCGUUUUAAAGAAGCUACGAAAAUUAAUCUUAGUUUAUCAGCAUUGGGCAAUGUCAUUUCAGCGUUGGUUGAUUCCAAAGUUAAACAUAUACCUUACCGUGACAGCAAGUUGACUCGACUGUUACAGGAUUAUGAACUAAAAUUGCAAUCUAUGAAAGCCCAGUAUAGUGCUGAAACAGAUGAUAAAGCUAAAAUGCUAAAGGAUAUAACCCAUCUAAAAGAAUUAUAUGAUGCCGAACUCAUGCAAUUGAAUAGCUAUCAAAAUUUACAGCCAUCAACGAAUCAGCACUUAGAUCAAACGGAAGAGUUGAUAGAAAUAUCAGACGAUAAAAUCCAACAACAAAUUGUAACAAAAAACGACACUAAUGUACGUAUUGAUACAUAUGAUGAGGAAGUAACAAAAGAUGAACUACUGAAAAGAUUGAAAUUAUUGGAAGCAGAUAUUGUCGGUGGUGAGCAAGCUGGAAAUAAGGAGGUCAAUGAGAAAAUAUCAAGGCGAAAAACAUAUGCUGAAGAACGAAAACGUCGAUUAGUUGAAGCGAAUGCAAACCUAGAAGAUGAUGGCAUUAUGAUAAAUAUUUAUGAAACAAUACAAGAUGAACUAUAUUACAAAAAUAAAGCUCUACAGUCACAAAAACAGAAGGUAUAUGCGUUACAAAUGGAAAUUAAAGAUGUUCAGUCAGAAUUUGAACAAGAUCGAAGUGACUAUUUGGAAACUAUAAGACGCCAAGAACAACAAAUAAAUUUGCUUAAUAUGAUUUUAGAAAAGGUUCAGCCAUGCAUACGCAGAGAUAGCAAUUAUUACAACAUCGAUAAAAUCAAACGAACAGCCAUAUUUGAUGCAGAAAAGAAUGAAUGGAUCCUACCACAAAUGGUCAUUGAACAUACACAAUUGCCUUCAGUGAAUUCAGACAAUUCGUCUAAUCGAUAUGACUCAAAUUACGGAACCACAGAUGGUAACGCAGAAUAUAAUGCAAUAAAAGAUUUGAAAUGGGCCAAUAAAAAGAAUCUAGACUGUACGCUAGACAAGAUGAUCGGAUACAAAGUAAUUAUUUCGCAAGCCGACGUGCAGAUCAAAUAUUACGUAAUGCAGCAGGAUCUGAAUCUGAAAGAUAUGGAUCCAGCAAUCAUACGGCUAGACUGGAUAAUUUCUCUUGUAAACUGACUACUGGUAACACAGAAUCAGCAUCGCCUUCGUCUUGUGAAAUCAAAUCAAGUUUGGAUACAUACUUGCAUUGCCCGAACGUAAGAAAAAAACCAAUGAAGUUAAAUCCUAUGUCUGAAUUCGCACUCAAUUCCACGCAUGUUUACGGACAAGAGUCGCUUGGAAAAGUAAAAUGGCAUUCGAAAAUAUAGAGGCAAUUAUUAUUCAAUAUAUCAUAAAACACAACUGAGUGUCAGAAACAUUCUCGAAUGAUGAUAUUUAGGACUAUUUUAGGAAAAAACUUAUGACGUUACAUCUACAUAGUCAUAACAUAAAAUAACUAGAUACAUUUUAAAAUACAAGCCAUUGUAGAUUUUUGUUUUAAAAAAAGAAAGGUCUUGAGUUUCC